CAGACAAUGAGGUAACUGACCUGACGAACGAAACAAUCUCAAAUAAAAGUGAAUAAAUAGACAAACUGAGAUAAAUCGUACUGGAUUACAUAUGAGUUACCUGCGUACAUCUGAACAUAUAAUCAAAUUAACUUAUAUCUGAAUCAAAGCCAGAUUAAAGUUAUAUGGACCAUUCAAUGCAUAUAAACUUGGAUAUAAAUUGAACAACUGAUGUGUCUGAUUAUGUGAUGAUUAUUUGCCGAAGCCCUUUGAAGUCAGUGCAUUGCAUGAUUUGUUUACGUAGUUGUCAUAACAACUGACUUCAUGACAAUUCAGAAUUUCAAUAUAUUCUGAUAAUUAUCCGAUUUGAAAUAAAAUUGUUAGGAGUUUUCAAUUGUGGAAGUAUCUGAGAGGAUUUUUCCAAGAUGGGAAGCACUUUAUCUUGUGCGGCAGAGGGAUUCACGAAACAGGACAGUGAGGUAACAAAAUGGCAGGAACAGCGUGAUCGGGAAAAUAAACAGUGGCAGCAUUAUCAUAACAAAUGGGUUCAGAUGCGGAAAAAUCAGCAGUCAACUCCCGUGCGUUUAGCCAAACAUAAUGAGUACAUGUCACUGCCCCAUCAGCAGAAAGUAAACACCAGGGGGCACUGUUUCUCUGAUUCUGAAUAUCAUGGGGGUAACCAUAGUGACCAUUCAGGUUACCAUGGCAACCAUAAUCGACAAUUGCCCCAUAGUAAGCCUGGUCAAGUUCAACAGUCACCAUGGCAAUAUAAGAACUAUGGUGACAUCAGCGUAUCGGAACAGGGGAUAUGUUACAUGCGAUCCGACUCUGAAUACGAAAACUUGACAGAAUCUGGGAGCCAACGAGGGAAGCAUCGAAAACCUACAUCACCAGCGCCACCUUUACGUCAUAUAACAUCAUCUGACCAAACAUUGGGAAUGGGGCCAGCAUGGAGGUAUCCCCACCCCAAUCCCCACCCUGUAAGGUCUAACCCGAGCGUUUCAUCUCUUAAGUCUGAUUCUGUCCUAAUACAGAAAUCUCCUCAAGGAAAGCAAAAUAUGUUCAUCACACAGUCAUCAUCUUUGACCUCAACGCAAGUAUCUCCGCAACAUCUGCCAUUGCCUCCUGAACAUUUACGUCUAUCAGCGUCACAGCCAAUGCAAGUAGCCCCUCAACAAUCACAACAACUAUCUCCACAGAGAUUACAACAAUUACAAGAACAAUCUCCACAGAGAUUACAACAAUUGCAAAGGAAUUCUCCCAAAAAAAUACAACAGGUUACACCGCGACAAGUUCAACCCCAGAUGGCGCCAGAGUGCAAAGCGAAAACGCAACAACAAAUACAAACAAGUCCGCUUCAUUGUAUUUCACCGAACACCAAUGAUAUAGUGGU